AUGUCUCUAUCAGCCUCCACCAAGGAUCAAGUAGUGCAAGCGUAUAUCGACCAUCCUACCUACAACUGCGCGAAAUGCUCUGCUCCGAUUGCUCUUCAGGACGAAGCUAUCACUAAACAAUUCCAAGGGCGUGACGGUCGCGGAUACUUGAUGAACUCGGCAACCAAUCUCAAGCGUGGUCGGAAUGAGGAACGAAGCCUUAUAACAGGGGUGCAUACCGUUGCCGACGUCUUUUGCAAGGGAUGCAACGAGAGGAUCGGCUGGUUUUACCAUAAAGCUAGUGACUACUCCCAAAAGUACAAAGAAGGGAAAUACCUUUUGGAACGCGAGAAGCUCGUCAAGGAGAAUGCUUGGAAACUCGAUGCUUCUUAA